UGUAAGUUGCCACAUGAUUCGCACAAUAAACAUCGUUAAGUUGGGGAAGUGAACAAGAAGACGUUACUAAGCGAUAAACAAACGAUCGAAAUAACAGGCCAGCCGUGAGUAAUCGAGCAACACCGGUCAUUGAAUUAGGCAGAGACAACAACUCGAAAUAGUCUUCGUCAAAGCAAACAAAACAGACAUACCAAUGGCUAUAAACGACUAUAUAUUCCAUUAAUGGUUUACAACUGUAAUUUCCUAAUUAGUUGUGUUCUUUCUGGAUUGAGGCAGUUAGUUUACAUAUCAUCCAAGAACCCACGGUAAUUACAGGCAAUUCCUAUCCUGGUUGGCGUUGGUGUUGUUGUCAUGACGGCAAUCCUGGCCAAACACUUGUUCUCAGGCAGCAAGAAAGCCAAGGUGACGCUUGAGAACAAAGACGUAAAGUACGCCUUGAGGUUGGUUGACAGAGAGGAAAUCAGCCAUGACACCCGUCGAUUCAGGUUUGCAUUAACGUCUCCCGAACACAUAUUGGGUCUACCUGUAGGUCAACAUAUCUACCUGUCUGCUACGAUCAAUGGUGAGUUGGUUGUCCGACCUUACACCCCUGUGUCCAGUGAUGACGACAAAGGCUACAUGGAUCUUGUCAUCAAGGUCUACAAGAAAGGAAUCCAUCCUAAAUUCCCCAAUGGUGGCAAGAUGAGCCAACACGUGGAUUCUCUCACCAAUGAGGAUUAUAUCGAUGUCAAAGGUCCCUCUGGCCUUUUGACUUACCAUGGAAACGGUGAAUUCCACAUCAAGCCUGAUAAGAAAUCCCCUCAUGAGGUGGUUACUGUGAAGAAAAUUGGAAUGAUUGCUGGAGGCACUGGUAUCACUCCAAUGCUGCAGAUCAUCAAACAGAUCCUCAAAGAGUCUCGCCACAAUCUCGAAAUGUUCCUCCUGUUCGCCAACCAGACUGAAAAUGAUAUUCUGCUGCGCCCUGACUUGGAGAAAAUUGCUGAGGAUCACCCUGACCAGUUCCAUUUGUGGUUUACUGUGGACAAAGCUGAACCAAAUUGGAGCUUCAGUACUGGGUUCGUCAACGAGACCAUGAUCAAGGACCACCUACCAGCCCCAGCUGAGGACGUCCUCAUUCUGAUGUGCGGCCCACCUCCCAUGAUAAACUCCGCCUGUCUGCCACACCUCGACAAACUCGGAUACAAACCUACCCAACGUUUCUCUUUCUAAAACAAAAUAAAUACAUUUAUUUUAUUAUUAUUUUUUUUUUGUAAGAAAUAAAUUAAAUUCCACAACAGAUGAGGAACAAACAAAAAAAAAACAAAAAAAAAAGUGGGGGGGUGUUGUGGGGGGGGGUGGAGAUGUGAUGAAAGUAUGUUGCUUAUGUAGAGAUGUUUGGGAGGAGAGGAAGAAGAGAGGGGAAGGGCACUUGUAACUGGUUCUAGACUUUCUCCUCUGAGUUUCUUAAUUAAGUUUACAUCACAAAACAAAGUUUUGUUGCUUUUUUUUUCUAAUUUUUAUUUCCACUUUUUUUUUGUCGCUUUAAAAAAAAAUGUUUUUUUAUUUUUUGUACAUCUUCAGUUUAUUGUCAUAAAGUUACGUGAGUUGAAGGCUUG